AUGCCAGAGGAGCGUUAGGGAAGGAUUUAAGAGCUGCACCUCUUUCAUUGCGCGAUGUUGAACCUGCGGCGGUCAGUAGACGGCCAGGUCAAUGGCCGGCCCAAGGGAGGGUCACGUCAGCUGACCUGCCCACCUCCGAAGCUACCCAUCACCCUCGACUGAGACCCCUAGGUGCACCCCUACCCCCUACCAGCACAACCUUCGACGGUAAACCCUAAAUCAACCAAAUCUUUACCUACCCUAUCACAUUUUAAGUGGAUUCAACCUUGGUUUCAACCUUCUUUCAGAAUAGCAAAAAAUGGGGGUUUAAUUUUCGGAUAAUUCAAAUGAAUGUUUUUGUUGUUUUGUCGCUGCGAUUUUCGGCGAAUUCUUCGUUCUCCUCCGCCGCAUCGGCCUUUUUCUCUGGCGAAUUUCCGCUCAUGUCGCCAAAAUCUUCCAACCUUGAAGCCCUUCGACGACCCUGACGCACAAGGUUAAGCGACCUGACCGACUUAGCCCUCCUUCUCUGAAAAUGGCGAGUCUUGGAGCAGGAGGAACGAUCGCGCCGCGAGCUGUUCCUUGGAAAACCACCAGAGAAUUCAUGAAGGAUGUCAGAGGUCGGAGAAGUACCAGAAACUUGAUUGAAGCACUUAAAACCCAUCAAAGGAGACUGAACCUGUCGUCCUUGAAGGAUUUGGCAAUGAGGAGUUUUCUCUUGAAUUUGCGUCGUUUCCGAGGCGACGCCUUGCAGCUCAUCGAACAUCUCCCCUUUGCAGUGAAAUCGGACAUCCUUUCUGCAAUCUCCAUGGUUCCUGGAAAGAUCCUCAAGAGUGCUUUCGUAAUCCUAAUAAAACAAGACCGCUACAUAGAUUUAGAGAGCUUGGAUUCUGGAGAGCGGGAUCUACUCGAGAUUACAGCUGACGUAAAUCAGAUCAGACUGCUGAUUUCGCCGUUGGAGCUGCACGAGUUUGACUUUUCUGUGCUUGGCUGCGUCAACAGAGGCUUUGACGAAAAGGAUAAGGCCAUUUGGGAGUGCUUGGCCGCUUCUCAGAAGAACAGCCUGCAGAUGAUCCGAGACAGAAGGAGAAACAGGUGCACACUAACCUCUGGGAAUGACAUCAUCGACUACCUGGUCCAGUUCCCAAAUCUCAAACACCUCGACCUCACCACUGUGAGAUUUUCCGAUGAGGCGCUGCAAAUUCUGGCCGCCAGUUGUCCUCGUUUGGAGAAACUUACUUUGCUCAUUUCACGAGGACUGUCAGCCGAAGGGAUUAGGACGCUGGAAGCCUUUCCCUCCCUUGAGGAAGUUCACUUUACCACAGUUGCGGACGCCCAUGUCCAGAGACCGCAAAUUGAUUAUUCAUGGUUUCAGGAAAGACUGCCAAGAAAGCUGAAAAUCCUCUUGGAUGUGCGUUAUGUUCCACCCAAGCUUGACAUUUCGAGCAAUACUACAACUUGAAGAACCUAAAGUUCGGCGAACACAGUGAUUUUGUGAAAAAUUUGACUCACCUGAGGCAGCUGAAAGAUGUGACGGGAAAAUGCAGAGAUUUGACUCCACAACUUUUGGCCUCGCUCCCUCUUCUGGAAAGUCUGAGCCUGCACAUCUCUUCAGACCCAAGAGAUUUCUUGUUCCAAUCGUUGCAACUCGUCGGCUCAAAACUGUCCGAGCUAAAAUUGGAUAUCGAGUCCUUGGGGGAGUUUGACCUUUUCCAAGUGCUUGACAUGUUUCACAACUUGGAAAAGUUGAGUGUGAAAGCCAAAUUCAGGGAGCAAGGGCAGUGUGCCUUCAACCCAAAGAAGCUGAAACUGAAGGAACUUCGGCUGAACGGGCGCUACGAGUGGGAGGACGGAGGAAUUUCUCAGAUGCAGUUCUGGGAACUGCUGCUGGCGCCCAACUUGCAAGUAGUCGACCUGAAAGAAUUGUGCUUCACAGACCAUCACGCCAUCAACGAAACCCCGAGCCCUACCUGCAGAACCUGGUCGAGCUGUACACGGAGUUUGCUUUGAAAACUGUAGACGACCUUGAUGCCCACAACAAACUCUUCUCCAACAUUGCGCUGAAGUGCCACAAGCUGAAAUCAGUCAUUUGCAUUGUGGCGGCUAAAAUCGUAAACCCUCUGACAGCAGUGACAGCCUUGCACUACUUGCAGAUUGCUCAUGUGUCACCCAUGGUUACCUUUGUUCUCUAAAAUUGUUCCUUAUCACAAUAAAUAUGUAAAAAUUUAGUUUCUUCAAAUUCAAUUUAAAAUGUCUGAUAUCUAUUUCAACAAAAUCCAUGUGAUAUAUUUAUAUCUUCAAAUGAAAACUCCGAUGAACUGAAAACUAAAUAAAAGAAUGUAAUGCAAACAGA